UUAUUGCAAAGGGUUGUGGAUUGUGUUGCACUGACACUUGACAUUUGUGUGACGUCUAAGUCAUCAGAAAUGGUUCCGACAGGACAAAAUGCGAAGAAAGAGUUUUCGUUUUAUUAAAAUUCUGUCCGCAUUACUUAUUAUAUCACUCAUCGCUCCUAACGCGGCUCUUCCCGCGUCUAAUAAACAUGCCAUUCAAGCACGUGAUGAUAAAGCUGCACCAACUGGUGCUGGUGGUGUUGGUGGUACUCCACUGAGCGGCGGUGGUGCAUCUUCUGCAGCAGCAUGUAAUACAGCUGGUGGCGAUGCAGGCAAAGACAUGUCAGUGGACAAAGCAAAAGCGUCUAAUAUAGCUCAGAAAGCCGCCAAUGAAGCAAAAGCAGCCCAGGAGGCACAAGCGGCGGCUGGUCAACAAGCCGCCCAUCAAGUAAAAGAACAACUUGCGGAGAAAGCACUUGAAGCUGCUGAGGCUGCAGAGGCGGCGCUUUCCGGAAAACAAGCAAUCGUUGAACAGCUACAGGAAGAAGUGCGUGAAGCUGAAGCUGUCGAAAGAGAAGAGGCGAAUGCCAUUCAGCAAGAAGCCGCCAUUGCUGGUGCGGCAAUGCAAGCUGCACAAGAAGCAAACGCAGAAGUAAAACUACUCGGUAAUGCACUGCAAGUCGCGCAGGCGCUAGCCGCCAACGCCGAACAAUCUGCACAAGGAGCGCAACAACAAACACAACAAAAAGAGCAAUUAGUCGAAGCGGCAAAAAACAGAGAGGCGGCACUUACAAAACAACUAGAAGCGGCACGUACUGAUCUAGCGAAUACCAAAAAAGCUGCGGCUAAGGCAGCUUGCGCUGCGCAUGAAGCGAAAGAAACUGCAAUGCGCAAUAAACGAAAAUCACAAGCGGCGAGAAACAACUAAACUGCUUACGGACUCAACUUUACGAUAUUUAUAUCUAUUUAUUAAUGUAUUAAAGUAAAAAAAUCCAGAACAA